AAUAUACUCCUACAAAAAAAUUAGAAGGAAAGAAUGCAUCGUUAGAAAAUUUCCAGUCCUGUCCCUCCCCGGCGCCGGCGACGACCGCCGCAGCCGCCACCUCCUCCAGGAGCGCCGGCGUUGCCCGUCCGCACCCGGCGACGGCAGAGGCAGCGAUGGCGAGGCAGGAGGCCGCGGGGGCCGCCACGGGGGUGGACUUCCACCUGCCCGACGAGAUCCUGGCCGUGAUCCCCACCGACCCGUACGAGCAGCUGGACGUCGCGCGCAAGAUCACCUCCAUGGCCAUCGCGUCCCGCGUCUCCCGCCUCGAGGCCGACGUCGCGCGCCUCCGCCGGGACCUCGCCGACCGCGACCGCGGCGACGCCGACCUCCGCGCCCGCCUCGCCGACUCUGACGCCCGCCUCCUCGCCGCGCUCGACGAGAACGCGAAGCUGGUGAAGGAGAGGGACACGCUCGCCCUGACGGCCAAGAAGCUGUCGAGGAACUUGGCAAAGUUAGAGGCAUUUAAGAAGCAGUUGAUGAAAUCUCUGAGUGAAGAUAAUUUAUUGCAAUUGUCAGAAACAGGCGAAGAUCGUGAUGUAGAUGCAGAAAAUAGUGGGACCGCUCGAAGUCCUUCCUGGAAAGAUGAAGUCUCAAGCAGCCACACCUCUUCAAAUACUUCAAGCAGAUCCACGAUCACUGAAUCAGCCCAAGGAUACCAGUUCUCAAUCACACCAUAUGUAGCCCCCAGGAUAACUCCUGGUUCAACACCAAUUAUUUCAUCCUCUGGUGGUUCCCCAUUAGCAUAUUCAACUGGUCCAUCCACUCCGAAGUUCUAUUCUGGUCCAACGUCGCCUACAAGAUCUCGUUCUGAAGACCAAUCAGCAUUUUCAUCAUGGAAUGGAUCAAGUCAUCAGUAUUCAGCCCCCGUCUCUCCUCAACGCCGCUCAUUUACAGGGCGACCUCGUAUAGAUGGAAAGGAAUUCUUCCGACAAGCACGGACGCGACUUUCUUAUGAGCAAUUUGGAGCAUUCUUGGCAAAUAUCAAGGAAUUUAAUGCGCAGAAACAAUCGCGAGAGGACACCCUAUCGAAAGCAGAGGAGAUUUUUGGAACAGAGCACAAAGAUCUAUACAUUUCUUUCCAGAAUAUGCUUAAUCGCAACCAAUCGUGAACCUGUCAUAUGCUGCCGUAUUUCUUCUUUUGAACAAGCUGGUUUCAAGAUCGUAUCCUUAGAAAUCUGUGCAUAGGCCAUUGUAGUUUCGGCGCGGUUAUCCUGAAUGACAUGAUGUAAAUGGAUAUGGUCAUGCAUGCAAUUCAACAAGUGAAAGUUUUUUUUUUCUGUAACAAGUGAGAGUUGAGACUGUCAGAUAUAUUGGCCUGUGUAAUUGACUUGUAAAUUGAAGCUUGUUUUCAGCA